AUGCCCCUGGAGCGCAAAUAUGCCAUCGCAUCGGCUGUAGUCGCUUUCUUCGCCUGGGCCCUGCUGACCGACUGGCUGCCCGCCCUCCGCUGGAUCCCCCACGCCUUCGUCGCCGGCGUCCUUGCUACCACCGCCGGAGCCGCGUUCGUCGUAGUCACCACAUCGAGACGCAUCCGCCGCGACGAAGAGCAUGUUGGGCAGAGAUAUGGCGCCAUCACGCCGGCGUUCACCGCUCCGGGCGUUUGGGAGGAAGAGAAGGCGGCGCUGAAGGGACGAGAGGAAUACAGAAGACCCACCAUCUUUCCAGAUGCAUUGCUUUUCUCCAAGGCAGUUGAUGGCUUGCUGGAUGUCAUACUGCGGGACUAUGUGACCAGCUGGUAUGGACACAUCAGCAAGCGGCCACUGUUCCAGAACGAGAUUGAUCGGUGCAUCCGCGCCGUGCUGUUGUCAGUUACGGCCAGGCUGACGGAGCUUGAUCUCGUGGAGCUGGGGAUAUCGAGGACACUUCCGAUUAUUACGGCCCACCUGAAAGACUUCUACGACGCUGAACGGCUGGUAAGAGGGAAGGACUUGUCAAACAAUGUCACUGAGAGUGAUGAGUUGAACACGGCGAUUGCGAGCAAGUACAGGAAUGGCAAGCUGCACCCUGUGGCAGCAUUGGCGCAUGCGGAUACAGGAGCAUCGUCCAGGGCCUACAUGCGCAAGUUGAUCGAGAGAAUUUUGCCGGCAGUCCUGCCAUCUAAUAUGAAAUCCAGUCCUGCGGUGACGGCAUUGAUUCGAGAGAUUGUGGCAUGCGCAGUGAUAGGGCCUGUUCUUGACAUGCUCUCGGACCCGGACUUUUGGAACCAGAUGAUCGUCAAUGUAGGAGGUGCUACGCUUCACGAUCGAAAGACAGUACGGAGAGUCCGUGCUGCCCUGGACGAGCAUGCACCGGCCUCGCCUCGUGCUACCAGAAGUGGCCAAUUCCCCAGACUGCGACCCUACGACAGUGAACGGCAAUUUGAGCGAUUCGUGCGAGCGAUCAGGCAAGUUCAGACUUUGAUCGAUGCUCGACGCUUUCGCAGCGAGAUCAUGAGUCAAUUGAGGCGAGAUUCUCAGGUCGAAGGCCAGGAUGCAGCAUAUCUACGAAGGCUCGAGACUGGUAGGAGGUUGCUGGACCAGAGGAUAGCAUGUCUUUCCAAUCCUGCCAACGGACCUGCCAAGACGAAGCCUACUUUGGCCGUCCAGCCACCGAAGCGUAACCAAGACGCAACUGCACGUAAGCGACAAGCGUCAUUGCGCGAAGUGAUCUACGACGCUGCUGGCCUCAGCUAUUUCAUGGAGUUCAUGGAUCGGCAGAAGCUGAUGAAGAUGGUGCAGUUCUAUCUCGUCGUGGAUGGCUUUCGCAGUCCGCUGGAAGGUGAUAUGGAUGAGCCUCCUCCAUCUGUUGCAACUGAUCCGGACCGUAUGGACAUUGGCCAAAUGUACGCCGAGUACCUCAGUCAACCUGAGCUGCAAACAUCGGACGAUGUACUGCAGCUUGUCAAGCGCUAUCUAAAAGCUGGUUCGAAAGCAAAAACGGAAGACUAUGUUGCAGCUCGGCGUGCUGUGCUGCAGACACAGACACGAGUGUACAACAUCAUGAGAGAUGCACAAUUUGAUGCUUUCAAGCGCUCAGACUUGUUCUACAAGUGGCUUGCCAUCGAUGACAAUCCCGCCUUUGCUGCUGCUUCUCAAGCCAGAGAGACGAACAUGCUAUCGCCAGACAGUGCUGGCAGCAAUGACUCGUCGCCAGUGAUACCUCGAAAGCCACAGCUUGGAGGCUUGCAAAAGGAACCCGAAUUGAGACGUGCGGUGCUGUCCACCUCUGAUCUCAAAGCAACAGCUCGUACUGCUUCUACAGGUAGCCUGUUCUCAGACAGUCCGCGUCGUUCGCUGGACGAUGGCAAUACAACCAGUCGGCCGGCGCUCUUUGAGGAUGAUGUAGAAGACGAGAAGAUGAUACAGUCUGUCUCCAGCUUGAAAAGCUACGACUCUGAUGGCGAAACGGCUCGAAAGGCACAGGAAGAGGCGAAGGCGGUCAGGGAGAUGCAAUUGGCGCUGGACAACAUCGUCAGCGGUGACCGUGACCAGGAUUCCCUUUUCUCGGAAUCAACAGGGAGGCAAUCUCUUGAAGAGGCUGAACAACGGAAGUCGCUCGAUGCACUGCAGAGGCCAGUACUUGCAGCCCAAGCUUCGUCAGACCGUGGAAAGCCCAGCAUCGCGUCUUUGGGCUUGGUUGGAGCUCCUUCCAGCAGAGGCGUCUUCGUUGAUGAUCUUUUCGGCGAGGAGGCAGAGAAGUUCGCCGAGGAUGAGCGUGAAGACUCCAAUGGCGCUGACACUAGCGACGACGACAAAGUGCAAGAAGCUGCGCCUGGCGAUCUUGGUUUGGCCGAGGCGAUUGAUGUGCUAAAUGCAGAGAUUGAGCGACUCAAUGCUCAGAGGAACGUGCUGGACUCGCUGACUGCGAAAGCCGAGUUGACAAACAACACCGCCGAAAUGCGCAUCUUGCGGAAAUCUGAACAAAGUCUCCAGCGGGAGAUCAAACGCAAGGAGAUGCAGAAGCAGCAGUAUGUCGUCCAAGAGAGCGACAACAGUCUUUACGGGCGAGCAGCAGUCAGUAUCAAAUCGGUUAUGGUGGGACGGGAGGAAGACGGGCACGAGUAUGCCCUUUACGUGAUCGAAGUUCGACGCCAGGCAGGUGACCAAAUGCCGGCUGCAACGUGGGCGGUGACACGAAGGUACAGCCAAUUCCACGAACUUCACAAGAGGCUCAAAGCACGGUUUCCGAACGUCAAAGAUCUGGACUUUCCUCGGCGGCAGACUCUGUUCACUCUGCAGAAAGACUUCUUGCAAAAGCGACGAGCGUCUUUGGAGCGCUAUCUGAAAUCUCUCCUGCUCGUGCCGGCAAUUUGUGGAAGCCGCGAGUUGCGCGCUUUCCUUUCACAGUCGGCCAUCGCAUCCAAUGGAGGCAACGGUACUCAGGCUGACGCGAAGGACUUCGUCACACGAAUCUACAAUUCGGUCUCAGAUGGCAUGGAAGAGUUCCUUGGCAACAUACCUGUCCUCGACCAGCUAUCCGUCGCGGGCCAGAACUUGAUUUCAGCAGCAACAUCACAGAUCAACGGCGGGUCGCCUGUCGAUAGUCUCGACCCGGCAACUCAGGACCCAGCCACCGCAGCUGAGGCGGAAGCCGAGCUGAAUGCAUACGAGGCCACGAAAGAGGCCGAGCCUUUCGUCAAGCCCAUCUGCGAUCUAUUCCUUGAGACGUUUGAGCUUGCCAAGGGCACCAGCUGGCUUCGUGGGCGGACCGUUGUCGUGGUGUUGCACCAGCUCCUGGGCGGAACGAUCGAACGCAAGGUCCGAGAGACUGCUCGUAAUGCGCUGGAGGACGAGAAGCUUGCCGGCCACGUCGAGACCCUAAAGAAUAUCAUGUGGCCGAAUGGAAGGAUGCGGCCUCCUAGCGUUCCUCGUACCGCACAGGAAAAAGCUCGCACUCGCAGGGAGGCUGGUCUACUACUUGCUGCCUUGGUCCCAGACCUGGCUGGAAGUGUGGUUGGCAAAGCUAAUGCGCAGGCUGCAAGUCGAAAGAUUGUUGCCAUGCUGAACAAUCCGAGGCUAAACACGCACCUGAUCCUCACCCUAAUAGACGAGAUUCUACGGGUCAUAUUCCCAGAGAUAUUAGAGAAUUGA